AUGGCAUCGUCCGACGUCGCCAGAUUUCUGAUAAAACAAUACUUACAAUCUAUCGACAAAGAGACCUCAUACCUAUCAGAUCCUACCUUGGACACGUUUAAAGCCAUCGGUGACAGCUUGAAGACAAAGUUAAUGGGGCCUGAAAGCAAUUCAUGGCUUUCCGAUCUUAACGACACCCUCACAGAGUGGCAGAUUCUCAAGGAGCAGGACAAGUAUAUCAAGAGGAUUUUCUCCUGCCAGUAUCAUAUGGCUCGCAGGAGAGAGCGCUCAGCUAUCGAUGCUAGACUCAACCGGAUGCAGACAACAGCGAAGGAAAUUACUUCAAACUCGGUCAAAUCAAGCCCGGAGAAGAAUUUUCCGCUGUCUGAUCAGUGUCCCUCCUGCGAACCCGAUCGAAUUACUACUUUUCCUGAGGUCCAAGAGUCUUCCGGCAAACUCGAAAAGCAAAUGGUUGAUUGGCUCUCGACGCCGGGUGGUGAUGACUUCAAGGCCGUCGGGAUUUGUGGGAUGGGUGGUUCGGGGAAGACAGCGCUUGUUAAUAGCCUCAUCUGGGCUGGCUUAUCGGAUCUUAUGACGCGCGAAGAAGAAAAGGAGAUCAUAGAUGUCAGGAUUAUGAAACACUUGUUGUAUUGUUUAGGCUUAGAUACUGAUGGCAUGGCGGGCAAUUUCGACGGGGAUAAGGAUAGGCUCAUGGAAGAACUAGAACGUCGAUUGCUGACGAUCUCAAGGAACUACAUUUUGGUGUUGGAUGACAUGUGGCACUGUACCGAAUGGUUCGCUGAUAAUUUGUUGGGCAAAUUGAAGAAACAUGAAGGUGGUGCUGUCAUUGUAACCAGCCGGAAAAAAUCCGUGGCCCAAAAAUUCGGUGCAAACAAUAGAUUAAUACAUCUAAAUCCUUUCGAUUACAGGGAAAGCGCAUUUCUUCCAUAUAUUAGACUACAACCCCCAAGCCGUCCACCAGCAAUCCCAUUGUCGAUCAGUCUGAUGGAUUAUUGA